AUGUCAUCCCUCGAUCGCUUCAAUUUCGUCAAGCUUGCCGAGCCGCAAAAAGACGCCAUCUACCGCAACCUCGGAUUUUUCCAAAAGCUGCAGCUCCGAGGUGUUGCCGAGUUAUUCUCCGAAAAACCUCUCCAUCGCUUCCUGAUGACGACCCGAUUUUCGAAGGUGGCAGUGUGGAAAGAGCGCAGGGAGCCGAUACGGACGAGGAACGAAUUUCGCGUGAGCCAAGCGGGUUCUUCGGAACUUCUUAUGGUCCAACUCGGGAACGGGAAACGGACCACCGUUCUCGAUCUGCACCGCCCAGGCAUGUGCCACGUGGCCACGAAAAGAAUUCGAGGCGAGCCCGAGCGGAUUGAUUUCUUGAAUCGACUGACUAAAGGGUUGCCCCAGCACCAAGUUUACUUCAUGUAUAAUGGCUAUCGGGAUCUGGGCGGUGGUCUGGCACGAAGCUUGUUGGGCCUAUUAAGCGGAUCAUUCCUCGUGCUACACUGGGAUUCUGAUGCUGCAGCGACGCUGCCCAUGCUGAAGGCAGAACGGCUGCUCACCCGACAACCAAAUAUCUUUCAUUUGGUCAGCGGUACUUGCAUACCAACAGCUCAACCCUCAUAUGCCGACAUGUUCGAGCAGCUGGCUCACAUUCCAAUUAUCUGCCUGACGGUACGCUACGAGAAUCCUGGGUAUUGGAAGAUGGGCUGGGAAGUGAUUGCCGUCAUCCUGGAGGCCGCCAUCGUUAAGCAUCGCCCGAUCGAUUGUGCGGGACGAUAUCUUCGGAUCCGGCUCGUUUUCAGGCCGGAAGAUGACGUCCAGCCGGAUUCUUGUUUGCCGGCACGCCUGACGAAUUUGCUGAGCUCCAGGAGCGGCCUCAACGACGCGGUGACCAUCUACCGCGUUACCGGGGAAUACAGUUGGCCAACCUACUACAUUUUCGUCGCCCAGAAUUACGGUGGGCGGCUCGGAGAAUUUCGAGGGGUGCAGAGAGGGGUCGAGCGCCGCGACGUCACUUUGUGGGAUCAGAAAUGGCCCGUGCAGAAUGAGAAC